AUGUUUUAUCCUCUUUUUAUUUUUACAGAAAGAAGAAUUGCAUCAUACCUCAGUGCAAUUGGGCAGAAGUUCCUAUCUGUAUACCGAUCAUGUGGCACCUACAUUGCUUUCUUGACUAUUCUUUUUACAGUAUACAUGGUGAAGCCUAAUUACACAUCAUUCGGUUACUUAUUCCUUCUCCUCCUGUGGAUUAUUGGAAGACAACUUGUUGAGAAAACAAAAAGACAGCUUUGGCUUCCGUUGAAAGUAUAUGCAAUUUCAGUGUUUAUCUUCAUAUACAGCUUGAGCAGCUUCUCAAGCCUCGAGAUGUAUUUGUCCAGAAUGAUAGAUCUCUAUUUUUAUCUGGGAUAUGACUCAAAAGCAUCAUCUUUUGACAAUGUUUGGGAGUCUCUAGCAGUCUUAAUUGUUAUGCAACUUUAUAGCUAUGAGAGGAGGCAGAGCAAGCAGAACAGACAGGUUUACUUGGUUCAGUUGGAACCAGGGCCACUUGGGUUUAUCAAGCGAUUGCUUAUCUGGCACAGCCAGAAGAUCUUGUUUAUUGCUUUGUUUUAUGCAUCGUUAUCCCCAAUCAGUACAUUUGGGUUCUUGUAUCUUCUUGGCUUGGUUUUCUGCUCCACAUUACCAAAAAUUUCUAGUAUCCCAUCCAAAUCUUUCUUAGUAUACACAGGUUUUCUGGUGACAGCCGAGUAUCUUUUCCAGAUGUGGGGUGAGCAAGCUAAAAUGUUUCCUGGUCAAAAGUACUCUAAUAUAUCGAUCAUCUUGGGCUUCUGUGUAUACAGUCCAGGAUUUUGGGGUCUAGAAUCAGGAUUAAGGGGGAAAGUGCUGGUUAUCGUGGCUUGUACUCUUCAAUACAAUGUCUUCCGUUGGCUGGAAAGGAUGCCAAAUAUAGUUCUAAGCAAUGAACAGUGGGAAGAACCUUGUCCUUUGUUUGUUUCCACAGAAGAUGCAUUUGAUGAUGUUACUAUAUGCAAUGAGGAAAGUAAACCGCCAUGUAAUCCACACCCGCCAGCUGCAUUACAAGAAGGGGCAUCUAGCAAGUCGCCGAAAAUUAUGACCUCUGGUUUGCCUCGAGCACAUGAUACUCCAUCUGCUAAUACUGGAGGUUCUGACAGUAACAGCAAAAAGUAUUCAUUCGGGUUUAUCUGGGGAAGCAACAAGGAGAGCCACAAGUGGGACAAGAUGCGAAUUGUUUCUUUGAGAAAGGAGCGGUUUGAAACACAGAAAACUGUCUUAAAAAUAUAUAUGAAAUUUUGGAUGGAGAAUAUAUUUAAUCUGUUGGGUCUUGAGAUAAACAUGCUCACUUUACUACUGGCAAGCUUUGCCUUGUUAAAUGCACUAUCGAUGCUAUAUAUUGCACUGCUUGCUGCUUGUAUUCUUCUGAAUCGGCAAGUUAUCCGCAAAAUCUGGCCCAUAUUUGUCUUUUUGUUUGCUUCCAUUCUCAUCCUGGAAUAUUUUGUCAUCUGGAAGGAUAUGUCACCUUUGAAUUCCCAUGCUACAAGUGAGAUUCAUUGCCAUGACUGCUGGAAAACUUCAACUCUGCAUUUCCAUUAUUGUGAGAAAUGUUGGCUUGGACUUGUUGUUGAUGAUCCCCGAAUGCUGAUCAGCUACUUUGGGGUCUUCAUGCUGGCUUGUUUCAAACUUCGUGCUGAUCGCCUGUCUAGCUUUUCAGGAUCGUCGACAUACCGUCAGAUUAUGUCUCAACGUAAAAACACAUUUGUUUGGAGAGAUCUAUCGUUUGAAACUAAAAGCAUGUGGACCUUUCUUGAUUAUUUAAGGCUUUACUGCUAUUGCCACCUGUUAGAUCUUGUGCUAAUAUUAAUUUUGAUUACUGGAACAAUGGAGUACGAUAUUUUGCAUCUUGGUUAUCUUGCCUUUGCUCUGGUAUUCUUUCGCAUGAGACUUGAAAUACUGAAGAAGAAGAACAAAAUAUUCAAGUUCUUGCGUGUAUACAAUUUUGUUGUUAUUAUACUUUCUCUUGCUUAUCAGUCUCCUUUUGUUGGGGGGCCAAGUGCUGGAAAGUGUGACACAGCAAAUACCAUCUAUGAGAUGAUUGGUUUUUAUAAAUAUGAUUAUGGUUUUCGGAUUACUGCAAGAUCUGCAAUUGUAGAGAUUAUCAUUUUUGUGCUGGUAUCACUUCAGUCAUACAUGUUUUCCUCUCAAGAGUUUGAUUAUGUGUGUCGCUACCUGGAAGCAGAGCAAAUUGGUGCAAUUGUGCGUGAGCAAGAGAAAAAGGCUGCAUGGAAAACUGAACAAUUACAACAAAUUCGUGAAAGUGAGGAGAAAAAACGACAGCGUAAUAUGCAGGUGGAGAAGAUGAAAUCUGAAAUGCUGAACCUGCAAAUACAGCUCCAUAGCAUUAACACAUCCACUAAUUGCAUUGAUGGAUUUUCUCACAGCAGUGAGGGUUUAAGAAGGAGAAGGAGUGCUUCUCUUAUAUCAAAUAAUGACAUUGGAAUUCCUGAUAAAGAAGACCAGGUUUUGGGGAGACUUGAUGCUGUUUUCCCAACUGAAUCACAUGAAUCAUCUGCUUGCAUGGAUGUAGAAACUCCAUUAACAGAGGAGUACAUAAAGCAAUCAGCCGAUUCUCCUCUGUGUGAAAUUACUGAAAUAGACAUUGAUACUCCUUCUAGUGAGUCAGGAAAAAAAGGAAACGUUAAAGGGCCAGCAAAAGAAAACCCAUUGAAAUCUGCUGUACAAUUAUUUGGUGAUGGUGUUUCCCAGGUGCAGUCCAUUGGAAAUCAGGCUGUUAAUAACUUAGUGAGCUUUCUGAAUAUUUCACAAGAAGAUUCUGAUUCCAAUGAACACACAAACACAGAGGAUCAGAUAUAUGAUGAGAUGGAAAGUCAGAAAUCUCGGCCUGUAUAUUUGGAUCGGGCUUCAUCUUUGCAGUCUGAUAGAAGUUCUGAUGCUGCAAGUCUGCAGUUAGGAAGGAUCUUUCGUUAUAUAUGGUACCAGAUGCGGUCCAACAAUGAUGUAGUAUGUUACUUUUGCUUUGUUCUUGUGUUCUUAUGGAACUUCAGUUUGCUAUCAAUGGUGUAUCUUGGCGCUCUUUAUCUGUAUGCUUUAUGGGUGAAUACAGGCCCAAGUUACAUCUUCUGGGUUAUCAUGUUGAUCUAUACAGAACUUUACAUUUUACUUCAGUAUUUGUAUCAAAUCAUCAUCCAGCACUGUGGGUUGAGUAUUGAUCCUGGCCUGUUGAGAGAAUUAGGUUUUCCAAUACACAAGGUCACGUCUUCAUUUGUUGUCAGUUCAUUGCCUCUUUUUCUUGUCUAUUUAUUUACCCUCAUUCAAAGUUCCAUAACACCCAAGGAUGGUGAAUGGAUGUCUUCUACCGACUUCAAAUUUAAGAGGAAUGAUCUCCACACAAAAGAUAAUCCAACUCGUUAUAGCUGGCGAGAGAAAGCAUGGUAUCUGCUAACUCAGAUGACUAACAUGGUAAAACUGGUAGUGAGAAGUUUUUUUAGGUACUGGAAAUCACUCACACAGGGAGCAGAAUCACCUCCUUAUUUUGUUCAGGUGUCUAUGGAUGUCAACUUCUGGCCAGAGGACGGGAUUCAACCAGAGAGAAUUGAAUCUGGAAUUAAUAAGUUACUCAGAGUUAUCCACAAUGAUAAGUGCAAGGAAAAGAACCCAAAUAUUUGCUCUUUUGCUAGUAGGGUUAACAUUCAAAGCAUUGAAAGAAGUAAAGAGAAUUCCAGUGUUGCCUUAGUGGUUUUCGAGGUUGUGUAUGCCUCACCUGUAACUGAUUGUUCUUUAGCAGAAUGGAAUAAAUCUUUAACUCCAGCAGCUGAUGUUGCCAAGGAAAUUCUCAAAGCUCAGCGUGCAGGUUUUGUAGAAGAAGUGGGUUUCCCUUACCGUAUUCUUUCUGUAAUUGGUGGAGGCAAGAGAGAAAUUGAUCUGUAUGCCUACAUAUUUUGUGCAGAUUUGAUUGUAUUCUUUCUUGUUGCCAUCUUCUACCAGUCUGUCAUAAAAAACAAAAGUGAGUUCCUCGAAGUGUAUCAGCUUGAAGACCAGUUUCCAAAAGAAUAUGUCUUUAUGUUGAUGGCUAUCUUCUUCUUGAUUGUACUUGAUCGUAUAAUAUACCUCUGCUCAUUUGCCACGGGGAAAGUGAUAUUCUAUAUUUUCAACCUCAUUCUCUUCACGUAUUCAGUUACAGAGUAUGAUUGGCAAUUGGAUCCAUCUCGACAGCAUGCAGCUCAGUUUGCUCUCCGUGCCAUAUUUCUUGCGAAAGCAGUUUCCCUAGGAUUGCAGGCUGUACAAAUCCGAUAUGGCAUUCCUAACAAGAGCACAUUGUAUCGACAAUUUUUGACUAGUGAAGUUUCACGAAUCAACUACUUAGGAUAUAGACUUUAUCGUGCUCUGCCAUUCCUUUAUGAAUUACGGUGCGUACUUGAUUGGUCGUGCACAACUACAUCCCUCACCAUGUAUGACUGGCUAAAGCUUGAGGACAUAAACGCGAGUUUGUACCUUGUCAAAUGUGAUUCAGUCUUGAAUAGAGCUACACACAAACAGGGGGAGAAGCAAACGAAAAUGACCAAAUGCUGCAAUGGGAUUUGCCUGUUUUUUGUACUGAUAUGUGUUAUAUGGGCUCCAAUGCUGAUGUAUAGCAGUGGUAACCCCACAAACAUUGCAAACCCCAUUAAAGAAGCUAGCUUUCAAGUUGAUAUCAAGACAGUGAGUGGAAGGUUGAAUUUGUACCAAACUACUCUGUGUGAAAGAAUCCAGUGGGAUUCACUCAAUUCGGAAGUCAAUGCUGAUCCCAAUGGCUAUUUAAAUGCAUAUAAUACGAAUGAUAUCCAGUUGAUAUGUUGUCAAGCUGAUGCUAGUACAUUAUGGCUUGUUCCACUUGUUGUUCAGAAUAGAUUGAUUCAGUCCCUCGAGUGGUAUACCGACAUGGAAAUUUUUUUCUCCUGGGUACUUUCAAGGGACAGGCCAAAAGGGAAAGAGGUUGUGAAAUAUGAAAAGACCAUUGAUCCACAAUAUCUCCCAAUACAGUCUGAUGUUCAAAAAGUUCUUAACGGCUCUAUGAACAGCUUUAGGCUUUAUAAUGUUUAUCCAAGAUACUUCCGUGUCACUGGUUCAGGCGACGUUAGACCUUUGGAGGAGGAUGGUGCUGUUAAUGCUGAUCUCGUUUUAAAUCGUGAGCAGCUUGAGUGGUGGGCCUUUAAAGAUGUUAAUCCACCAAAUAUAAGUAGAUUUUGUGGUGGUUUGACAGGACCUAUGGCAAUCAUAGUAUCUGAGGAAACACCACCACAGGGUAUUCUUGGUGACACACUCAGCAAGUUCAGCAUAUGGGGGCUUUACAUAACCUUUGUUCUAGCUGUUGGACGCUUCAUCAGACUCCAGUGUUCCGACUUAAGGAUGAGAAUUCCCUUCGAGAAUCUACCUUCAUGUGAUAGGUUAAUAGCCAUUUGCGAGGAUAUAUAUAAUGCAAGAGCUGAGGGUGAGCUUGGAGUUGAAGAGGUCCUUUACUGGACACUGGUGAAGAUAUAUCGGUCCCCGCACAUGCUGCUUGAGUACACCAAACCUGAUUAA